AUGAGCUGCAGGCGUAGAUCACCAUCGUCACCCGGACUCCGAUUUCACCCUCUGCUGGGUGUAGACUUCUACACGCUCGUCCGGGUCCAACGAUCGUUGCCUUGUUGUGUCGUCAGUCCGUACGGCGCGAGCGACGACGCCGCGGGGUGCGCCGUGGCGCUGGAGACGCUGCGCGCGCUGGCCGCCGCACCGCGCCCGCUGCGCCACGACGUGCUCGUGCUGCUCAACGGCGCAGAGGAGAACAUCCUGCAGGCCUCGCAUGCCUUCGUCACGCGCCACCCCUGGGCGCGCACGGCGCGCGCCUUCAUCAACAUCGAGGCGUGCGGCGCUGGCGGUCGCGAGGUGCUGUUCCAGGCGGGCCCGCACGACCCCUGGAUCGUGGAGGUGUACGCGGCUGCCGUGCCGCACCCCUUCGCCUCCUCGCUGGCGCAGGAGCUCUUCGAGAGCGGCCUCAUCCCCGCCGACACCGACUUCCGCAUCUUCCGCGACUACGGCAACCUGUCGGGCGUCGACCUCGCCUGGAGCAGCAACGGCUACGUGUACCACACGCGCCUGGACACCGCAGAGCGCGUGCCGCCCGCCGUGCUGCAGCGCACCGGUGACAACGUGCUGGCGCUCGCGCGCGGCCUGCUGGCCGGCGAGCGCCUGCGCGCCGCCACCGAGCGCGCGCGCCAGCCCGUGUUCUUCGACGUGCUGGGCGCGUGCGUGGUGGCGGCGCGCGCGCCCGCCGCCGCCCUGGCCGCGCUGCUGGCGGCGCUGGCGGUGGCGGCCGCGCUAGCGCGCUCGGCGUGCGACGCAACGCGCGAGCUGCACGUGGGCGUGCGCGUGUGGGGCGGUGCCGUGGGACGCGCGGCAGUGGGCGCGGCGCUGGCGGCGGGCGCGGGCGCGGCAGCGUCGGCGGCUGCGGCGCUGGCGCUGCACGCGGCGGGCGCGCGCCUCUCCUUCUACGCGCGGCCCUGGCUGCUGCUGCCGCUCUACGCGCUGCCUGCGUUGGUGGGCGCGUGGGUGGCGGCGCGCUACCUGUGGCGGCGCUGGGCGACACAGAGCGGCGUGGUGGCGCUGGCGCGUGGCUGGUGGGCGUGGCGCGCCUGGCGCGACGGGCAGCUGCUGUGCGCGCUGCUGCUGCUGAUGACCGGCACAGCGCUGCGGCUGCGCUCCGCCUUCCUGCCCGCGCUGUGGACGCUGCCGGCGCUGGGCGUGUGGGCGCGGCGGCGCAGCGACGGGAAGUCGGCGGCGCUCGGCGCGGCGCUGGCGGCGCUGCCGGCGCUGCAGAGCGCGUACCUGGCGUUGGGCUCCAUCAACAUGUUCGUGCCCAUGAUGGGGCGCGCGGGCACGGCGCCGCUGCCGCCGGACGUGCUGAUGGCGCUGGUGGUGUCGCAGCUGACGCUGCUGACGUGCAGCUGGGCGCUGCCGCUGGUGGUGGCGGCGCGGCGGCCGGCGCCGCUGCUGCGCGCGGGCGUGGCGCUGGCGGCGCUGGCGGCGGUGCUGGUGCUGGCCACGCCGCUGGGCGCGCCCUACAGCGCGGAGCGGCCGCAGCGCUUCAUGGUGUUCCACACGCGGCGCUCCGUGCACGCGGCGUCGGCGGCGGCCGCGGCCGCGCUCGACACCGACGCCUCCAACGCCACGCACGAGGACUUCUACUGGAUCCCGGAGCUCGACGUCAACACGCCGCACUCGAUGGACCCCUACGUGCCCGAGAUGCGCGCGGCGCAGGCGACGCUGGCGGCAGAGUGCGAGCGCUGGCCCUACUGCGGCGCGCCCUACUUCCUGCCCGUGCUGUCGCUGGUGGCGCGCGGCCACCGCCUGCCCGCACCCGCGCCGCCGCUCGCCGUGCUGCGCCUCGCCGCGCGCCUGCUGCCCGCCGGGGACGGGGACGGCGGCGCCCGGACGCUCGAGCUCGAGCUGCGCGAGGCGCCGGCGCAUGUCGUGCUGGUGCUGGCGCCGGCGCCGGGCGCGCGCGUGGCGCACUGCGAGGGGCUCGGCGCGCCGCAGGAGGGGCCGCGAUGGGGCGCGCGCCGCACGUAUUUCGUGGCCUUGCACCAGGCGCGGCGACCGCGCGCGUGGCGCCUGGCGUGCCGGCUGGCCGCGCCGCCGGGCGCCGCGCCCGCGCGCUGGCUGCGCGUGGCGGCGGCGGGGCACGCCAUGGCGGGCGCGGCGCGACGUGCGCCGACGCACGCACGGCUGCUGGCCGCGCUGCCGCCGCACGCCGCGGCCACGGGCUGGGGCGUGCACCUGCACGUGUUCGAGCUG